AUGUCGGACCCCUACUACCGACAGGGUCCUGGAUACCCUACGUACGGCGGCUCACCAGCUCAACAACAUCAGCCUUAUCAUGCCCCUUCCCCGGCUGCGACCCCCUAUUCAAGGCCACCUCCGCAGCAAGCUUCCCCCUACCCCGCAUCCCCUCAGCAGGGCGGCUAUGCACGUCCUCCGCCGCCGCCGCCUACAGGCCAACCCUACGGAUCUUCGGGAUCGCCGUACCCUGGACAACAAUCCCAAUAUCCGGGACAACAGUCUCCAUACUUGGGGCAGCAACCACAACAGCCAGUGCAGCAGGCUCCCCCUUUGCGCGACCAACAACAACCUUCCUAUCCUGGACAGCAACCGCCCUACCCUGGACAACAACAACCAUACUCUGGACAGCAACAGGCCUAUUCCGGACAACAGCCACCAUACCCUGGACAGCAACAAGCCUACCCUGGACAACAGCCUGCCUAUAAUCAAGGACCUUACCCACCUCAGGGAGCUCCGUAUCCCGGUGGCCAGGGCCGCCCUGGACCUUCCCCGGGACCACCUGGACAGUAUGGUGCGCCCGGUGGUGGUCCCCCUCAGCAGGCUGCCCCACCUACCCAACAACAGGUCGCAGCUUAUCGUCAGCUGUUGAUCUCCACCAUCCAGGAGAAGAAUCUCCAGAGCUUCUACCCACCCGAACGUUUGGACCGACUGGUGCAGUCACUGGCCAGCAAUGCGCCAGCUAAGUUGCAGAAUCUGAUCCACGAAUGGAAUGUGCCUAUGGAGGUGGCUACGGACGUGAUGAAGCUGGCGCUGUUCGAUGUCAUUCUAUAUGUGGAUGAUAGCGGAUCUAUCGAGUUUGAAGAGAAGGGACUGCGGAAAGAUCAGCUGCGCCAAAUUCUUGGGAUCGUAGCUACUGCGGCCGCCACCUUUGACGAGGAUGGUAUCUCGGUGCGAUUCAUGAACUCCCCAGAGAUGGGGGAUGGAAUUCGCAAUGCCAACGACGUCAAUGCGCUGGUUUCUCGUGUUCGGUUCUCGGGAUUGACGCCCCUUGGUACCAGCUUGAAGAGCAAGGUCAUCGACCCUAUGAUCGUCGGCCCUGCCCGCGCAGGCCGUCUUGAUAAACCAGUGCUGGUCAUUACCAUCACUGACGGUCAGCCCGCCGGGGAGCCUCACAGCAGUGUGAACGAUGCCAUCCGUCAUGCGGUUGACGAGACUUCGCGCACUCGUUACGGCCGUGGUGCAGUUUCUUUCCAGUUUUCGCAGGUGGGCAAUGACCAACGGGCGCGUGAGUUCCUGGGUGAUCUCGAUGAGGAUCCUCAGAUCGGUAGCCUGAUUGAUUGCACGUCGAACUUCGAAGUUGAGCAGGACGAGAUGUCGCGUGCCAACCCUCCGGUGCAUCUGACUCGAGAGCUUUGGUGCGCUAAACUGAUGCUCGGUGCGAUCGACUCUUCUUAUGACACCAAGGACGAGAAAGCUGCUGGACGUGCUGGCGGAGGCCCGCCUCCCCAGGCUCCUUAUGGUGGAUACAACCAGCAGCCGCCUGGCGGUCAACCUGGGUAUGGGGCCCCACCAUCUGGAUACCAGUCUGGGCCUCCUCAAAACUCCUACAGCCCUCAGCCCGGAUAUGGCCAGGCCCCUCCCCAGCAGCAGCAGCCUCCGUAUUCAGGCGCCAACCGUGGAGCUCCUUAUGGGCAACCCCAGCCCUAUGGCCAUCCAUCCGCUGGAGGAGCCGGAGGUUAUCCGCCACCACCGCGUCGCUACUAG